AUGGAAAUCACACCUUUCAUGGCAUCAUCAGGAAAAGUCCAAACACUAACACAGCCUAUACUUCAAAGCUUGGAUCUAAAAUACAAAGAUAUCUUGAUUAAAGAAGUGUUUGAUCAGACUGCUAAUCUGGAGAUCCUGUGGAAAUGCUCUCUUCUUUUUGGCGUAACACGACCAUCCUGGUCUGGAAUGAUGCAGACUGUGAUGCAGAUUUGCAACCUUGAAGUACAUAUCUAAUCAUGCCAAGCAUCACAAAACAAUGUGAAACCAAUUAUUAUUGAAACCGAACCCGCUGGUAGCAAGUUAUGCAAUGUUAUCAUACGCUUGGGUGGUUUCCACAUGGAAAUGAGCUUUCUAGGAUCUAUCGGAUAUCUUAUGGCAGGUUCAGGGCUGAGAGACGUUUUGUAACUAAUAUAUGCAUCAAAUGAUGUCGACCAUAUAUUGACAGGUAAAGCUAUCGCACACACAGUACGGGGACAUUUCAUAGUCGACGCCGCUCUAAAUGCUCUCCUCUACUCAGCAACCUUUGGAGUACCCAUUCCUCAUGAUGUUCGACGUGCAACUUAUGUUUGUUAUUAUAUUUCGUAGAUGAAGUACAGGAGUGUUCUUCAAUCGAGUCCUUCUUGUAGAGCAAUUGUGAAAAUUUUGCCUGUACAUCAGCGGUAACAACUAUAUGUUAGGUAAGAUUCAUUAUUUUAUCUUUGAAGCCAAAUAAUUACUUGAUAAUAUUAUUAGUGUCAUGUCUGUUACAACCCAUUUGUCAUAAGCGCACCUGCAUGUAAAAUAUGUAAUAUAUUGUAUACUGCUUUCUUUUUUAGUUGAAGACAGUUAAAGCAAAGAUAGAAGAGGCACAUGCAUUGCUUAAUGAUCUUAUAGGCAAAAAGAAGACCGUCAAGGAGGUAAUUGAAACUGACAUUCUGAAGGUUAUUAAAGAUUGUGUUAACAUUAAAAGAUUAUUGGUCAAAGAAGGCAGCUGCACAGCCUCACUUUGGUUACAAUAUAUGAGGAUGGUGGAUAUUCGUGCGCCAGUUAUUUCUCAUACGACUUUGUGUAUUCUUCCAAGUAUUCUGCAAUAA